GGUUUUCCCUCCUCAAGCUCAGGAGCCUGAAGCCCCUGUUGGAGCCGUCCCAAGACAUCUUGGCUCCCAGGCCCGGGAGGUCUUCUGUGAAAAGGAGCCGAGUCCCCUCAUCCUGGUCCAGUCAUUUGUACCAUUUGUCUCUCUAAUUCGGAGUCCAUAGCCGUAUUAAGAAUGCGCUCGUAAUCGGGGUCAGUGGCCCACUCUGAGUGCCUAAUCAGAAGAACUCUGGGGGAUACAGCCAGUGACCUCUGCUGCGCAUGAGCAGGCUGCUUGGAGACUCGACCAGCACAAUGGAGUGCAAAGUCCUGCGCGGCCUUGGUCACCAGAUGCUGCGAAGGAAGGUGGUAGACUGCAGCAGGGAAGAGAGUCGGCUGUCCCGCUGCUUAAACACCUUCGACCUGGUGGCCCUUGGGGUGGGCAGUACGCUGGGCGCUGGUGUCUACGUCCUGGCCGGGUCUGUGGCCCGCGACAACGCCGGCCCUGCCAUCGUCAUCUCCUUUCUGAUCGCCGCGCUGGCCUCAGUGCUGGCUGGCCUGUGCUACGGCGAGUUCGGUGCUCGCGUCCCCAAGACAGGCUCGGCCUACCUCUACAGCUACGUCACUGUGGGCGAGCUCUGGGCCUUCAUCACCGGCUGGAACUUGAUCCUCUCCUACAUCAUAGGUACUUCAAGUGUAGCGAGAGCCUGGAGUGCGACCUUUGAUGAGCUGAUCGGCAAACCCAUCGGGGAGUUCUCACGAAAACACAUGGCCCUGAAUGCUCCCGGGGUGCUUGCCGAAACCCCCGACAUAUUUGCUGUGGUCAUAAUUCUCAUCUUAACAGGACUUUUAACUGUUGGCGUGAAAGAGUCAGCAAUGGUCAACAAAAUAUUCACCUGUAUCAACGUUCUGGUCCUGGGCUUCAUCGUGGUGUCGGGAUUUGUGAAGGGAUCCAUUAAAAACUGGCAGCUCGACCUGAAUGUGUCCAGCCAUAUGUGUCUCAACAAUGACACAAAAAUAGAGAAACUUGGUGCUGGUGGAUUCAUGCCCUUCGGGUUCUCUGGUGUCCUGUCGGGGGCAGCGACCUGCUUCUAUGCCUUCGUGGGUUUCGACUGCAUUGCCACCACUGGGGAGGAAGUCAAGAACCCCCAGAAGGCCAUCCCUGCGGGUAUUGUUGCAUCCCUCCUGAUCUGCUUCAUCGCGUACUUCGGGGUGUCUGCCGCCCUCACGCUUAUGAUGCCCUACUUCUGCCUGGACACCAACAGCCCCCUGCCGGAUGCCUUCAAGCACGUGGGCUGGGAAGGUGCCAAGUAUGCAGUGGCCGUCGGCUCCCUGUGUGCACUUUCCACCAGUCUUCUGGGCUCCAUGUUUCCCAUGCCGCGAGUUAUCUACGCCAUGGCCGAAGAUGGACUGCUGUUUAAAUCUUUGGCCAAAAUUAAUGAUAGAACCAAAACCCCAGUCAUCGCCACACUAGCCUCAGGUGCCGUUGCUGCUGUGAUGGCCUUCCUCUUUGACCUGAAGGACUUGGUGGACCUCAUGUCCAUUGGCACUCUCCUGGCUUACUCUUUGGUGGCUGCCUGUGUAUUGGUCUUAAGGUAUCAGCCAGAGCAGCCUAACCUGGUAUACCAGAUGGCCAGAACAACUGAUGAGCUAGAUCAAGUUGACCAGAAUGAACUUGUGAGCGCCAGCGAUUCCCAAACAGGCUUUUUACCAAAAGCAGAGAAGUUGUCUUGGAAAAGCAUACUCACACCUAAAAAUACGGAGCCUUCCAAAUUAUCUGGAUUCAUUGUGAACAUUUCAGCCAGCCUCAUAGUUGUUUUCAUCCUCACUCUCUGCAUUGUGGCUGUGAUUGGAAGAGACGCUCUGGGCAGAGGGGAGCCGUGGGCCAUCCUGGUGGUCACGAGUACGACCCUGCUCAGUGCGGUGGUCGUGGGCGUCAUCUGGAGGCAACCCGAGAGCAAGACCAAGCUUUCGUUUAAGGUGCCCUUCUUGCCAGUGCUCCCCAUCCUGAGCAUUUUCGUGAACGUCUAUCUCAUGAUGCAGCUGGACCAGGGCACGUGGGUCCGGUUUGCAGUCUGGAUGCUGAUAGGCUUCACCAUCUACUUCGGCUAUGGGCUGUGGCACAGCGAGGAGGCGUCCCUGGCGGCUGACCAGGCAAGGACUCCUGACGGCAACUUGGACCAGUGCAAGUGACCUGCAGCCCUGCUCGCCGGAGGUGGCAGCAGCCCUGAGGGGCAGCCACAGGGGACAGGGAGGUCCCUCCGUCUCGCUCCUGGCGCAACAGGAGCCACCCGUACCUGCGACACCCCCAGCGCCACCACAGGUGCAGCCGGCUGAACUGCAGCCUCAGCCACAGCCAGCGUGCCUGGCCGGACCCGGCCUGCAGCCGGCUCGCGAGGCGCUCGACAUCCCGGACAGCUCCCUGGAGGCCACUUCGCCGCGGCUGCCCACCUGCUCCUCGCUUCCCUCCGAACGAAGAAAUCCACCCCGCCCCCGCCCAGCUCGUCCUUGCCACCGCACCCUUGGGCAGGAAGGACAUCCCUGUCUCCCUCCUUGGGAGCAGACCUCUCCCUGGACUGCUCUGGUAUCGCAAAUGUAUAGACCCCAGAUUUUAAUAGCCAUCUUUCCCUUCAGCCCUGGACAGCUGACCAUAGACCCAGGAUGCGUACCACAAACCCAGCUGUGCCAGCCCGAGCCACUCCUGCCCUCUGGGCGGUUAGGGCGGGGCUUCUCCCCAACGUUUUCCCUCCUGGCGGGGCUCUGUUCGCACAUGUGAUGGGUGGACCCCAGCCCAUGCUCAGCAGCGGGAUUGAGGGCGGGCAUUUGUCUCUGCAGGGAAGCCUCAAGGUGGGGGAGGGCUGACUGGGCACAUGUAUGUGCAUAACUGGGGGGCGUUCUCCAGGCCCCUUCCCUCCAGGACUAGGGGAGCAUAGUUCCUGCUGCUUUUGUGUCUGUCACCACCGCCCACGUGUUCUGAGUAACUGGAAGGUGAGACUGCGUUUGUGUAGGACUGGUCUCGAGUUGGCUGAGCUAAGAACUGUUUUCCUUGGGUCUUUACAUUGACCGAUUUGCAUGAGUCUUGAAAGGUUCUCAGGACCGGCGGCAGCUCGGUGUGGGUUCAUGAUGUUUCUGGCCCCUGCCCUGGGCGGUGUGGCCUCUUACAUGUAAUGUAAUUGACUCUUGCUAUUAGUUACCAUGAAUCACUCCACCCAGCGAAGUUGGGGUUAACUUGAAAAAUGGCCAAAUAAUUACCACAUGCCGUGGACCUGUGGUUCAGGAUGUGCGGUCCACAUGGGGGAUCCCCUGCAGCCCUGUCGCUGUCCCUCUCAUGUAUCUGCCUUAGAAAUGCCGUGGCUUUGCAAACUGGUGAGAUUCUGCAUAGGACCUGGACCUUGAGCCUCCGCAGGUCUGGGAGCGGGGUCCUGCCGGGACGCCACUGUCCCUCUGUGGCUCCCUGUGUACACCCUGCACCCCACCCCUUCCCUGUAGUUUGGGUGAGGCCCACAGUGAGCUCCAUGUCAUACACUCCUAGACUGAAGCCAUGGGACAGGAGAGCAUGAUGGAGCCUCAUUUCCAUGUAGAGGACCAUUCAGAGCCAGCAAGGCUGGUGUUCAAGGAAGGGCAGCAUUUUAGACGCCGUGGGGAGGUGGGGCUGGAAUGGAAAUGUAGGCUUCAAAAGCAGCACUGGAGGGUAAAUUAAUGAAACAGCCUAACGGUCGGGCCAGCCAAUGGAGGAUGGCCACGUGGCCAAGAACUAGGUCUUUGUAGCAAACCUGGACCAGCUCGCUGGAAGCUCUAUUCUGAGGAUCAUCCGUAUUUGAGAGGGAGUGUCAUAAGCGCCCCUUGCCCCCAAAAGCUUGGGUUUCCAAAGAAAAGUAUUUAAGUGUAUGUAGAUUGGUGCUGUAAAAUAUUUUCAUAAAUAUUAACUUAUUUUGUUGGGGUUUUACUUAUCUCUUGUCUUCUUACAACCUGUUCACUGUUUGUUUGCCUGAUCUUUUGUUAUUUUUCUAUGCAGACAAGGAUGAGGGAAAGAGGGUAUCCAGGGAGAUAGGUAGCAGGGAGAACAUUUUUGUUUAUUUUUUCUUAGCUUUAAUUUUUUUCUAGCCAAAAUUUCUGUACGAGACAGCACCCAGUGGUUCAUUUAUACUUGACAUUCAGGACGCAGCCUGCAUCGUCCUACAAAGUUGAAAUAUGUAUUUUGAGUUUGCCCCGCCUCUGACCCUCUCAUGCUGUGUGCUGACAGUGGGAGAGCCCGCCUGCUCCUUGCUCAGGCGCCUCAGCAUGGGACACAGCGCUCACACAGGCAAGGGGCGGGAGAGUGUGCUAUUCCUGCACCCUCCUUGUUACAGGAAUGACUUCCUGGUCAGGAAAGGACGCCCAGCGACUGAUGUGAACAGGGCACCCGUCACUGUGCUUUCCUUAAGAACAGGUGGGUACUUGGCCAGGCCCUUCCCAUCUGUGUACAGACAGUGAUACCUUGGAGUGAGCUUCACAAUGUCAGUAGACUUGCUUACUGCAUCCCUCACUCUCCGGAAGUAAAAACACAUGCAGCCACCCUGCCCCCAGCCUCAGGUGUGACCAACAGUUUCACAUCUCAACCCUUUGCCCACCUGAGAACGUCACUCUGAGUUGCGUGGCUUGGCCGGUGUUUUCUACAGUCAAAAUUUACACAUUCUGAAGACAUACACAUCCUGCAGGAUACAGGGUCCACUUGUAUUCUGCCCCAGCGCCAAAGACUCACAUUAGAGAGAGAUUUUCAAUUAGUAAGCAUCUUUCCUGUCUCUGGGCUCAAAUUCUUGGAGAGCCCAGCACAGCAGAAAUCCCUUCCUGUAGGAGGUCUGCUGUAAAGUGGGGGUGAAGGGCAUCUCUAGGGCAGGAGUAGGGCCCCAGUAGCUUGGGGACCUUGCCAUGUGGAGGGAACUGUCCUGGAGACAUGGGGUCCCAGAGUAUGUACACACACACACACACACACACACACCCUAAGCAGACACACACACACACACACACACACACACCCUAAGCAGGCCCUUGUGGGUCAGAGUUUGUCUUUCAAACCAAGGGGAAAGAAGUACACACUCUUUCCCGGGCUGAUUAAAAGAUUGCUAAAUUUAUACUGUUGGGAUUGCCCAGACUUUUCCCCACUUUGGGUUUUAUUUUUGCAGCAGCAAAAACUUUCCAUCGAGUCUCUUAUCUCUGUGUGGCAGUCAGCCCCCUGGUCCCAUUGCUGGUGUGGUUCAGGCACCACCCACCUGUGACAUGGUGGCCCGAGCUGUCUGGAGGGGUGCCAGGGUUCUCCACUCAACCCUCAUGCCCAAGGCACCAGCGCACCCCGUGCCCAGGAGACGGGUGGCCUGCCCUCACCUUGUCACUGUGUCCCAAGUGCCCAGCCGCGCGGCCGGGGGGACAGGUGGGAGUACCUCUUCAUCCCCUGCCACCGGUCCCCAAGCAGGCUCUAGUCCCAGCUGGUGUGGGCUCCGCCCUGACGGGGUGCAGCUUAGAGACAGCGGAGUACUGGGCAGGAAGUGGGGUUUCGGGGUGUGUGGACACGCCCUGUAGAGGCCCCACCCACACUUGUAGGCAAGGUCGGGGCGCUGCCAGUGUGCAAACCUCAGGGCUAGAGAGCAUCUGCCCGGCCCCAUGCCACGGCCCGUCUUGUCUCAGGUGAAUAUGCCCCUUGUUCACACGGACACCUGCUUCACCGAGCCAUGGGAGGGAGGGACGCAAGUGCCAGGGUGGCUGGGCCCGCACUGGCGGGCUCCUGAGCGGCCAGGACGAGGGAGUCAUGGGGCAGAGGCUGCCUGGCGCUGUGUGCAGAACUGUUACACAGUUCAAGCUCAAGCGGAACUGAGUAUGUGCUAUGUGUCAUUGUCACGUUUAAUUUAAACUCUACGUUUUGCCAUCAUAAUGAGAGUAUUCUCUGUAAGGCUCCAAAGGGAGAGCAAGAUGUACAUUCUGUUGAGACUUCUGUGGGGCCACGAAAUGCUUUGCUGAUGCAGUGGUACCAGACGCAGCACUCCGGAUGGGACGUGGGUACGAGGCCUGAUGGACUUUUAAGGCCAGCAAUGCCCCCGCAUCCAUCCUCCUCACUAUCCAGAGCCGUUUUGUGCCCGCUGCUCGAGUGAACCACAGGCUCUCUUCCCAGAGAGAAGAGUCUCACAGAUGCCAAAGAGCCUUCGCGGGCCGCCCGUGUGUGCCGUCUGCACAGCCCGCGGGAGGUGGAGACCUGGUCCCAGCAGAUGUUCUCAGGGUCUUAGCGGCUCCCGCGGGGUCCGGAAGCAGGACUGGGAAGAUGCGUUCAGACUUCGUUAACGUGUUCACAAGGCAUGUGAUUUCUUUUUUCUUGAUGACAAAUGUUCUAAGUUUGGGACUUACUUUCCCCUGUGAGAAGUUCUAAUAUAUAUUUAAGAUAAGUUUCCCUGCUUCAGUUGUGCCUUUCCACGCCCAUGGGUUAAAGGAUCGCAAAGGGUCAUGAUAUUAAUGAUGAGGGUUGGUUUAUUAUCAAACCUGGAUAGCUGUGGAUUCUCCAGGACAUUUUCUUCUACUGAACAUGGAGCCAUGAUUAAAAGUUGAUGUUUUUUAUUAUGUAAAUUAUAUGAUAUUUUUUGCUUGUUUGAUGUUCUAUUUUUCUAAUAGUUUUUCUUAUAGUUUCUUAUAAUGGCGAUAACUAGAUUUAGAUUCUGAUGCUAACAGCAAAUCACGCCGGUCUCUGCUGGGCCCCUCCCAUGUAUUAUAUUUUAUUUUUAUUUUAAGGACAAGUACAGGUGUUACCCAUCACCUUUUAAAAAUGUGAAACUGCUCUGUUUCCCCUUUUUGCCGACCACACUGUAAAUUGACAGCUUCCUACCAUACUUUAUGUUAUAAACUCAAACUGUUUUGUGGUACAUUAUCUCAUGCUUCUGCAGAUUCCAAUAAAUUCUCUCUAUGGCUUCCA